AUGGCUAAGGUUGUGUUUGCCAAGCUCCACUCUCAAUUUGAUAGUUGCUGCUUCUUGAAAAAUUUUAGGGAAAAGUAUGAAGAGUAUAGGUUAGAGCAUAUCCGUGAUGAACUUUGCCGAGAACUAGAUACAUCUCUUGGAAGGCUCAAUAGUAGAAAAGUUUUGAUUGUACUUGAUGAUGUUAGCACCACACAGCAGUUAGAUGAGUUGAAAAGUGAAGUUCCUUGUUUGGGACAUGGUAGUAAAGUCAUCAUAACAAGUAGAGAUAAGCAUGUGCUAAAUGGAAGAGUUGAGAGAAUACAUGAGGCUGAGGCAUUGAGCUACAACAAUUCACUUGAGCUUUUCAACCUCAAAGCCUUCCACAAAGUUGGUUAUGAAAGUGAAUAUGAAGAACUGGUUGAAAGAGCACUUGCUUAUGCCAAAGGCAUCCCAUUGGCCUUAACUGUUUUGGGUUCGUUUCUACAUUCCAGACCUAUAAAUCAAUGGGUAAGUGCGUUGAACAAAUUAGAACGGAUGGCCAAUAAAGAUAUUCAAGAUGUGUUAAAAUUGAGUUACGAUGGACUUGAUCAUGAAGUGAAGGAGAUAUUUUUAGACAUUGCUUUUUUUUUUAAAGGUGAAUGGGGAGAGUAUGUAGCAGCAACGCUAGAGGGCUUUGGCUUUCAUGCAAGAAUUGGUUUGGGAAUUCUUGUGGAUAAGGCGUUGAUAAGUUAUAGUCAUGGUGCGGUAUGGAUGCAUGAUUUAAUACAAUGGAUGGCUUUUGAAAUUGUUCGCCAAGAGAAUGAGAAAAAUCCUGGAGGACGUAGUCGACUACGGAAUCCUGAUGAGAUCCGUGAUGUGCUAGAAAAUAAUCGGGGAAGUGGUGCAAUUCAAGGCAUAAGUUUAGAUUUGUCUCAAAUUAAAUAUUUAAAAUUGAGUGCUGAUGUCUUUAGAAAGAUGACAAAUUUAAGGUUUCUGAAUCUCUAUUCACGCUCUUUGCCGUUGUCAUUUUGUGCCGAGAAGCUAGUUGAACUUCACAUGCCCUAUAGCUGCCUUCGAAAACUAUGGGAUGGCAAGCAGGACUUGGUGAAUUUAAGGAAUAUCAACCUUCGGGAAUCUAUAAAAUUGAUAGAGUUGCCAGAUUUGUCAGCCGCUGAAAGACUCAAAUGGGUUGAUCUUUUCGCAUGUGAAAGUUUAUGCCAUCUUCAUCCAUCCAUUUUAUCUCUUCCGAGAUUAAAGUUUGUGGAUCUUGGGAUGUGCAAAAACCUAAAGAGUUUGGUUACAGAGAGUCAAUCAAAAUCGCUCUCAAAACUAAAUCCAUUUUCCAAGUGUCUACCAUUGUCAUUUUGUGCAGAGAAACUAGUCGAACUUCUCAUGCAAGGUAGCAACCUUGAAAAACCAUGGGAUGGCAUGCAGAGCUUUGUGAAUUUAAGGGAGAUAAACCUUUAUGGGUGCAACCAAUUGAUAGAAGUGAGAGAUUUGUCAACAGCCCAAAGUCUUGAACAGGUUGAUCUGACAUAUUGUGAAAGUUUGCGGCAUCUUCAUCCAUCAAUUUUAUCUCUCCCAAGAUUGAGUGAUUUGAACCUUUGUGGCUGCCGAAGCCUAGAAAGUUUGAAAUGUGAGAGUCAAUCAAAAUCUCUCUUACACCUAGAUGUCUAUGGUUGCUCUAGACUCAAGGAAUUUUCAUUCUCUUCAGACAAAAUGGAGGAUUUAAGCUUAGAAGGAACAGGUGUCGAGAUAUUGGACUUUUCAAGUGGGCGUAUGGAGAAACUCAAGUGGCUCUAUGUCAACGGCUCAACAUUAAAGAAUCUUCCGAUCAAUGACAUCUGUUACAUGAGAUCUCUCCAGGUGCUUUGUCUUUAUGAUUGUGGAGGAGGAAUAAUUGAUAAGUCAAAGCUCCAUGUCUUAUUUGAUGCUUUGCUAUCUCUAGAAACAAUUGAUUUGAGCGGGACCUGCAAUUUGACUGAACUUCCAAACAAUAUCAAGCAUCUCCCAAGGCUAUACGAUCUUAAUGUAAGCGGUUGCAAGGACCUUCAAUCUUUACCCGAGCUUCCUCCAUCCAUUGGAGUAUUAGAUGCCGGCAAAUGCACAUCAUUGACGACACUACAAUUCAUUUCUCAUACUGAAGCUUCAUUGUCGACGGAUGAAAUAACGCCGGGUUCAACAUUCUGUUCCUCGGUUAGCUGUCCCAAAAAUCUUAGAAUUCUUAUUCUUAAUGAUUGUGAACAAUUGCAUGAACUCCCGGCUGGCAUCAAGCAUCUUUCAAAUCUAGAAGAAAUUAACUUGAGCAAUUGUAGAAGACUUCGUUCUCUGCCAGGUGAAAUAACGCCGGGUUCAACAUUCUGUUCCUCGGUUAGCUAUCUCAAAAAUCUUGAACGACUUAUUCUUAAUGGUUGUGAACAAUUGUAUGAACUCCCUGCUGGCAUCAAGCAUCUUUCAAAUCUACAAGAAAUUGACUUGAGCAAUUGUAGAAGACUUCGUUCUCUGCCAGAGCUACCACCGUUCCUUGAAAAAAUUUAUGGCAAAGGUUGCAUAGCAGUGGAAACGUAUGCUAUGGAAAGUGCUUAUUCCUCAUUGAGCCGACUAGUAUACGCACAAAAAGAAGAUUACAUUCGCUACUCCGGAAGAAAAGCUCCAGAGCCGUUUACAUUGAAUCGGGUAGCAGAGGCCUCCAAAAAUAUAACUAUUGAGCUUCCUUUCCCCACUAGCGACCUAAUUGGCUUCAUUUGGUGGUCUGUUCUUCAACGCACUUCCACUAACUUUUUAUGCGAACUGUAUGUUGGUGAUGAUUUGCGGCCAUGGAUUUCAAGUAGCUUUAGCCUAAACAUGACAAAUUUAGAUUCACAUCAAGUUCUUCUGCGGAGUCUACCUUGCACAUUCACCGGCUUCCAUAACAAGAAGGACGAUAAAAACACCAAUUAUCGAUCAAAGGUGCUAUUUAAAUUCUGUCUUGAUGCAGAUAGUGGGGAUGCUGAUGAUGUGAUUGAAGAAUGUGGAGUCUUGCCAAUAUAUGCCUCGAAAUAUCGCAACUUCAUUCAAGAAAUGGAAUUGUUGCAAUCAAACUUGGGUACCCAAAAAGAGACUUGUCAUGAUGCUGAUGAGAAUUCAUUUCAUGGAAUCCUAAAAUAUGCUACUUUCUCCUUGAAUCAAGGAGAAGGUGGCAAUUUUGAAGGAAGUAUUAUUCCAGAAUGGUUUACUUAUAAAAGUUCAAUGAUAAAGUAUGAAUUUUCAAAAGUCUCGAUCAGUGUUCGGUUUGCUCUGGAUUUUGACAACUUAAAGGGUUUCAUUUUCUGCUUUGUUAUACCCCAGUUCUCCUCAAAAGAAAGGCAUGAAUGUCACUCGUCAUGUUCUUUCUCUUUACAUGACCUGAGUUUAUCGUCUGAUGAGAGUUGGAAAUAUGGUAACUAUUUGAACGGUCCAUUUGGAUGGCACUAUUCAAUGGUAAAAUUGAAUUCAGAUAAUGUUUUUCUAUGGUACGAUCCCCUCUACAGUGAAGUCAUACUACAGAAACUCCGAAGAAAGGGGAAAGGUCAUGAUGAGGAGCUUGAAUUUGCAUUUCGGUUGGGCAAUUAUUAUACCAAUGAUUGCAAUUCUAAAGAGCGCAACUGCUGGAUCAAAGAAUGUGGAGUUCGCCCAAUAUAUGCCUCAGAGUACACGAACUGCUUUCUUCAACAACAAAAUCGAAAGGAGAAUCCUGAGUCCAAGACUUCUCAUGAUGUCGACAAAGUGCUCCUCCUGCUGUCCCAAUUGAAUUUGGAAUCUACAAAGGAUCCCAGUCAUGAGAAAUAG